AUGCCUCACGACGCGGAACCACCCCCGAGCUACUCGCCCGACCCCGCGGACGACGAGACGCGAUCGGACGGGACGGGUGCGGUCGUCGAGCCGCAGAUCAUCAUCAUCCCUAUAGGCAACGACGUGAGCUUCCAGGCGGGCUACCUGGGCGCGGACGGCGAACACGCCGCGAUCGAGGGCGAGCUCCAGCUGAAAUGCGCGGACGACUUCGGCUGGGAGAGGAUUACGAUGUGUCUGCGCUCCGUGGAGACCGCAUACGAGACGGAGAUCGAGCUGGGGAACACGGAAGUCGUGCUCGCCUCGUCGAGCUCCGAGAACCGACGCGCGAGCUUCCCGUUCGCGAUCCCGCUCCCUCCGGACACCGCGCAGUGCUUACACUCGCUGCGCUCCUCGCUCUCACACACGUUGACCGCGAAGGUGUACGCCGCGGGCCGCAGCGCGCCCGUGCUCACCAAGUCAGUGCUGGUCCACACCCGCCGGUAUACAUCGCACUCGCAUGUGUGCACGAUCGCCCCGGAGACGCGGCAGCUCGCGGAGCCCACUGCGAUGCAGGUGCAGGUGCCGCGGACGACGUUCAAGGCGGGCGAGCCGAUCCCGGUGUACCUCACCGUGCCCGUUCCGAGGCGGGAGUUGGUGGUGGAACAGGGGCUGAGACUGCGGAAUGUCCGUGCGGAGUUGGUGCGCAUUGUGCGGGUGCGCACGAGCACCGAAGAUGAGUUCUCGUCUGGUUCAGCUGUGGCAACAGAAAGCAUCCUUGGCGAGCCGUCUUCGUCAACACGACCGUCGUCGGACGCGAAGACGAUGCCUCCCGUGCCCGGGGAGCAGAAGGUCAUCGCGCUAUCAGGUGCAGCAUGUCGGCUGCACCCCGCACGACCAGUCCAAAUCCGUCUCGUGUUGCAUCCACCAGUGGGCUCCCCGUUGGCGAUGCAGCCGCACGACUUGCCUUCAGAAGACUACUACGCGCCGGAUACCGUGGAGUGCGCUACCAUCACCCAGACGACGCUGCUACACUCGGUCUCCUUCCGCCUCCGCGUCCAUGUGGCGUUCAUGAACAUGUCCUCGCACACGGAGCGUGUCUCCACGCUGGAGAUCCCCAUCGUACUGCUCCCUCCCACGGCGGAGUUACCGCAGGUGGAACAAUCCGUGGACACUGCCUACCACAAGAAGCACGACCAGCCGCCAGUGCGGACGAACAGGCUGGAAGACAUUGACGUGCCGCGCUACGAAGAAGGCGAGGCGGGCCCAAGCUACCACAGUGCCCCACCGCCCUUCGAGGAGCGCGAGGCGCCGCCGCCGUUCUUCUCUGAGCCCGAAGCGUCAACCUCGUCACGGCUGCCCACGUUCCUCGAGUCCGAGCACGAGAUCUACAUCCCGUUGAGCGAGGACCCGACGAUGGCACCCCCGUCGAUGCAGCCGAACGGCGCCAUCGAGGGCGAGGGCGUCCUGUAUGGCUUCCCGCCGUCGGAGCAGUUUGAUGGCUACGCGGACAUGGAUCGCUCGUUCACACCACCGCCGACGGUCGAGAUGGCUUCGCGAGACACAGACGUCACAUCGCUGGCGAGCAUGAACCCGACCGCCGCCAUAGAAGCGAUGGGGCUGGCGUUGGGCCUCGACCAUUCUGACGAUUCGUUAGCAGGACCCCCGCCGCCUCCGCCACCUCCCAUGGACGAUCCCUCAGACCCACCGCCGUCGAUAGACUCGGACUUCAGAGAUCCCGAGGGCACGCACCAAUCGCCUAGACACCGAUGA